AUGGUGACCAAGAGGGGCAUUGAGCCAAACCCGGAGAAGGUGCAGGCCAUAAUGGACAUGCAGCCUCCCAGCACCGUUAAAGAUUUGCAGUGCAAGAUGGUGUCCAAUGAAUCACAAGAGAACGAGAUGAGGAAGUCAACCAAGAGAACUUGGGAGAAAGUUCUCAAACAACCCCGAAGGGCAACACAAACAGACACAAGGAGAAAUGAAGGAGAAACCCCGAGUAACCCUCUGAUUUUAAUAUCAGAAGAAAAGGAGCAAGAAAAGGAGUCGCUACAAAUUCAAGCAGUAGCAGAAUCACCACCGCGUGAACCAGGCUUCAUAUAUGAAGAAGACAAUGGUGACAAGAAACAGUCUGUGAAACAAGAGAAAGUGGAAGGGUCUGAGCCUCCAUUUAUGAAAUUUUCACCAGUUGUUCAACCUGACAUGUAUGCUGAAAUUCUGUAUAUGAGCAAUUCAGAAUAUCUCAUCUAUUUAAAACAACUGACGUUUGGACCGGUUCUACCCCCUCCUAGUUUCGAUUUCGAUGGGCUCUAUCAACCUCCACCUCCACCAGAGCCUCUUCCGAAGUUUCCACCAAGUCCGCCAGUUCUUGCACCCCUUCCACAAGAAGUUCCUGCUCCUUCACCGCCUCCUCAGCAGAUGCCUCUCAACCCGUUCAUCCGACCCCCUGUAGACUUUACUAGGUUUUUCAAUCAAACCUACUCAUCUUCAAGCUCUAACGGGUCGAUGUUCGAGGAAAGUGAGUCCAGUGGUGACUCAGGACCAGGAUAUGCUCCUUCACCACCAGGAGGUUAUGACUCAGAAGAUUGCAUGAGUACCGGUUUCUCUGCCUGUUGA